UCCCCAACAAAUGUCAUUAGUAAUCUGAAAGCAGCUGUGCGUUUUACGUGUUUUCAUUCAACAAUUUCUCGAAAAUGGAUGUGUGAGACGACAACAAACAAGAAAACUAAAUGUGAAACGCGAACUCAUAAUGUCGAGCCGCCGUUCGUUACUCGGUUCGGCACUGGACGUUUUACCAGCGCCUUCCGAUCCACUCCGGGAGUUGUUUGAGGCUUGCAAAACUGGGGAUGCAGCUCGGGUUAAGAAACUAAUUACUCCUCAAACUGUGAACGCGAGGGACACGGCUGGUCGGAAAUCCACUCCUCUACACUUUGCUGCAGGAUACGGUCGCAGAGAAGUGGUAGAGAUCCUGAUAUCGUCCGGUGCCGCUCUCCAGGCGCGUGACGACGGCGGUCUGCAACCACUCCACAACGCCUGCUCGUUCGGACAUGCUGAUGUUGUCAGAGCCCUAUUGGCGGCGGGGGCUGCGCCCGCGGCUACCGACAACUGGGGCUACACGCCGCUACACGAGGCGGCCGCCAAGGGGAAAGUGGAUGUUUGUAUAGCUCUGCUCCAACACGGUGCGGACCCCAACAUCAGGAACACGGAAGGCAAGACUCCCCUGGACCUGGCCGACUCGGCCACCAGGCCAGUGCUGACCGGUGAGUACUGCGCGGCGGACGUGUUGGAAGCGGCGCGCGCGGGCGCAGACUCGAGACUGGCGGCUCUGCUCACCCCGCUCAACGUGAACGUGCACGCCCACGACGGGAGGAGGUCGACGCCGCUACAUCUUGCUGCAGGUUACAACCGCGCACGCGCCGUGCGCUUGUUACUCCAGAGGGGUGCAGAUGUACACGCUAAAGAUAAAGGUGGCUUAGUGCCGCUACACAACGCGUGUUCGUACGGCCACUACGAGGUCACGGAGUUGUUGGUCCGGGCCGGGGCCGAUGUCAACGCGACCGACCUGUGGGCCUUCACGCCGCUGCACGAGGCCGCUAGCAAGGCGAGACUGGAGGUAUGCUCACUUCUGUUGAGCGAAGGUGCUGACCCCACUCUGCUGAACUGCCACGGGAAGUCCGCGCUGGACGUGGCGCCCACCAGGGAGUUGCAGGAGCGACUGGCCUUCGAGUACCGCGGCCACUGUUUGUUGGAAGCGUGUCGGUUGUCCGAACCGGCGAGGGUUAAGAAAUUGCUGUCAUUAGCUCAUAGUCAGAACCCCCAGGACCCCAGCAGCGGUUCCCUCGGGGAAUGCUCCAGCGAGACCCUCGCGAACUUCCAGCACGUGGGCUCCGGGGACAGGCCGCUCCACUGCGCGGCCAGCAGCGUCUACCCCAAGAGGAGGCAGGUCAUAGAGAUGUUAAUAAGGAAGGGAGCCCACAUGAACGAGAAGAACAAAGCAGGCCAGACCCCGUUACAAGUGGGCACAGAGCUCGGACACCUGGACGUCAUCGAUGUGCUAAUACGUCACGCAGGAGCGAAAGUCCCCGGGUCCCUCCCCGUGCCGAUGAGUUCAUCACUGUCUCUACGAGACACCCAGGACUCCGCCCCGCGGCUUAUGGAGCCCGAGCCCGCCUACCUUACAGAGCAAGUACCCGACACGUGUACCAACGCGGCCGCCCUGCGUCUCCUGGAGGCCUCCAGGACUGGAGACGUGGAGACGGCGCGCGGGGUGCUGGAGCUGAACCCGAGACUGGUGAACUGCAGAGACGUGGACGGCAGGCACUCCACGCCGCUGCACUUCGCGGCCGGGUACAACAGGCUUCCGUUAGCUCAGUUAUUGCUUCAGAGAGGCGCCGACGUCCAUGCCAAAGACAAAGGUGGCUUAGUGCCGCUGCACAACGCGUGUUCGUACGGCCACUACGAGGUCACGGAGGCGCUGGUGAGCGCCGGGGCCGGGGUCAACGCGGCCGACCUGUGGCGAUUCACCCCGCUACACGAGGCCGCCGCCAAGGGGAAAGCUGACAUCGUCAGAUUAUUGCUUAAGCACGGUGCCGAUCCGACCCGUCGGAACCGCGACGGCCUCACGCCGCUGCAAUUGGUCCGCGCGGGCGACACUGACACCGCGGACGCUCUGAGAGGAGACGCGGCCUUACUGGACGCCGCCAAGAGAGGCGACCUCGCCAGAGCCAGAAAAUUAAUAACGCCACAAAAUGUGAACUGCCGUGACACGCACGGACGGAACUCCACGCCAUUGCAUUUAGCUGCCGGCUACAACAAUUUGGAAGUAGCCGAAGCCCUCCUGGCGGCCGGGGCGGCGGUGUCUGCCCGGGACAAGGGCGGGCUGGUGCCCCUCCACAACGCCGCCUCCUACGGACACCUCGAGCUGGCCGCCCUACUGCUCAGGGCGGGCACGCCGCCCAACGCCACGGACAGAUGGGGUUUCACUCCACUGCACGAAGCGGCCCACAAAGCGCGGACGCAACUUUGUGCGCUUUUGCUGGCCCACGGCGCUGACCCGUACCUCAAGAACCAGGAGGGUCAGACCGCCCUGGAGCUGUCCGGGGCGGAGGACGUGCGCUGCCUUCUACAGGACGCGAUGACGGCGUCGGCCGGGGACGCCGCGCCGCCGCCCCGCGCGCCGCUCCGCCCGCCGCUGCUGCCCGUCCUCAUGCCCAGCGGGCAGACUGUGUCGCUCGCUUUGCCUGUGGUACCCAGUAAUUACUGGGCGGAGGGUUCCCGCGGGAGUCUGGAGGACGCGGCGGGGCGCCCCGCGUCGGCUCUCUCCACUUCGGACUCCCUCCAGACUUUCCUAUCCAGCAUCGGCUUAGAACAACUGACAUCUGUCCUGGAAAGGGAACAGAUAACUGUGGACAUACUGUCUGAGAUGUGCCACGAGGACCUGCGCGCGGUGGGCGUGGCCGCGUACGGUCACAGGCACCGCCUGCUCAAGGCCGCCAGGAGCGCCUUGCAGCACCAGCAGGAAUGGUACGGAGGCACUACGCUAAUAGAUGUGACGUCGGGCGAAGACGGCGAGUGCGGCGAGAGCGAGCACGCGAUAGUCGAGAGGGAGAUGCAGGCGUCGGUGCGCGCGCACCGGGAACACGCCGGCGGGCAGUUCUCUCAUUACCACGUGGUCAGGAUACAAAAAAUAGUGAACGGCCGCCUGUGGGAGCGUUACCAGCACAGGCGGCGCGAGGUGACCGAGGAGGCGGGCGCGCCCAGCGAGCGGAUGCUGUUCCACGGCUCGCCGUUCAUCAACGCGAUCGUGCAGAAGGGGUUCGACGAGAGGCACGCCUACAUCGGUGGCAUGUUCGGCGCUGGUAUAUAUUUCGCGGAGCACUCGUCAAAGUCGAACCAGUACGUCUACGGUUUCGGAGGCGGAUCUGGUUGUCCCACGCACAAAGACAGGAGUUGUUAUCUGUGUCAUAGACAAAUGCUCCUGUGCCGCGUGACGCUGGGCCGCGCGUUCCAGCUGGUGAGCGCCAUGAAGAUGGCGCACGCGCCGCCCGGCCACCACAGCGUGGCGGGCGCGCCCAGCCACGGCGGGCUGUGCUUCCCCGAGCACGUGGUCUACCGCGGCGAGCAGGCAUACCCAGAAUAUCUGAUAACAUAUCAGAUUGUCAAUGAUGAGAGCAGAUCGGGCGCUGUGUAAUUACAAACAUACAUACAGUAUUCAUGAUGUAUAGAUGACACGGCAGAAGUGUGCAGGGAUCGUGGCAGAAGUAAGAAGAUGAAGUCUCUGCCUACCCCUCUGGGAAUGAGGCAUGAUUUUUUUUUGUUUGUUUAUUUGUAAUAUCUUUAUUGCAUAUAAAUUUACACAGUAACAAUAAAAUAGUAAGUACAUAGUUAUAAAAGAAACAAAUCGUUUGCAAUGGCGGACUUAUCCCAUGAAGGGAUCUCUUCCAGUCAAUCGGCAAACAAUAAAGGAAAUAGAUAAUUCAGUAAUAAGCGGCAAGUCACUGUGAUUUUAUGUAUGUAUGUGUGUAACCAACUCAGGACCUUCCAAUGCAAAUAAGGAGUAAAACGUUUUAUACACACUUAUAGUCACGUCUACAUCCCUUGCGGGGAUGACAGGGCCAGCAGUCUUGAAAAGACUGAAAAGCCACGUUUAGCGGUAUGGCUUAACGAUCACAUUGUGAUUCAUAUAAUUGACAGGUUGCAAGCCCAUCACUUAGUCGCCUUUUACGACAUCCACGAGAAAGAGGAGUGUCAUCUAUACAUCAUUUCUAUAGCGAAUUAAAAAUAAUAUUUAGCGUUUAAAACUAGCUUAUAAUUGAUAUGUGUAUAUAGAAAGAUUUUAUUUUCGAAUGUACCUAUAUACGAGUUGGGUUUUAUCAUUUAAGUGUUUUAUUAAACGGUCUCAUAAUGUUUUUUUUUUUGUUAUGAAAAUGUGUAAAAUUUGUAUGAAUAAUGAUUAUAAUUUUAUAUACUUACUACAUUAUUUUGACAUGAACACGAUAUCUGUCUCCGAAAUAGUUCUGCAAGGUACCUACAUAUGAAAUUGUGUAUAAAUACCUACAUGUGAAAUUUGAAUGGUGUAUGAUUGGUGUAUAUUUUUAUUUUUAUUCUUUUAAUAUUUUUGAUUUAUACGAGUGUUUACUAACCCAGCUCGUGCGCCAAUUUUGUAUGUCUUCGGAGGGUGUAGCAAAGUUGAAUGAAUAAAUUUUUAAUAAUGAAAUUA